AUGAGAAGGAGCAAAGUAGAGAUCCCGUACAAAUUCGAAAGACUAAUCAAGAUUGUGGUUGAGAUUGAGGCCGAGGUCACUAUCAAGGUUUCAGCAAUUCCACAUUCUUCUCCAAAUAUAGGAACAGACCAUGUGAUUGAACGUCGAUCCGCGGGUUAUCAUCCGAGCAUAUGGGGGGAUUACUUCCUUAAAUAUGCUUUCCCCUCCAACUCAGUGGUUAUGGAGGAACAAAUCGAGGAAUUGAAAGGAGAGGUGAGGAAGAUGCUGGCUAGCGUCAUGGAUAAGCCUUCACAAAUGCUUCACUUGAUUGAUCAAAUCCAACGCUUGGGAUUUGACUACCAUUUUGAACAUGAAGUAGAUGAGCAAUUAGAACAAAUCUACAAAAGUUACUCUCAACUUCAUCUUGAAGAUUUCAAGGUAGAUGACCUUCACAUGGUCGCUCUUAUCUUUCGAUUACUGCGACAACAAGGUUACAAUGUUUCUUCAGAGAUCUUUAACAAAUUCAAGGAUAGUGAAGGGAAUUUUCGAGAAUCGCUUGUCACCGAUGCACGCGGAUUGCUAAGCCUAUAUGAAGCUUGCCAUUUAAGGUGUCAUGGCGAUUCCAUCUUGGACGAAGCACUUCCUUUUGCUACAACUCACCUUGAAUCGAUUGAUGAAAGCAAAGUGAGCACUAGUCUCGCAAAACAAGUGAGUCAUGCCCUAGAGCAACCACUUCGCAAGGGAUUGCCGAGGUUGGAGGCGAGACGUUAUAUUCCACUCUACCAAGAGGAGUCUUCACAUGAUGAAGUUUUGCUCGCCUUGGCUAAACUAGAUUUCGACUUACUGCAAGAGCAACACCAGAAGGAACUUGGCGAGAUUACUAGGUGGUGGAAGGAGAUUGAUGUUCCGAGGAAGUUCCCAUUUGCUAGAGAUAGGAUUGUGGAGUUGUUCUUUUGGAUCUCGGGAAUAUAUUUCGAGCCUGAAUUUGCCAUGGCCAGAAAUAUACUGACCAGAGUGAUCUCCUUGACUUCAAUUCUCGAUGAUAUCUAUGACGUCUAUGGCACAUUGGAAGAACUUGCGCUCCUCACUGAAGCAAUCCAGAAGUGGGAUGUUGAUGCCAUGGAUGGAUUGCCAGUGUAUAUGCAAGCUUAUUAUAAGGAGCUUCUCCAGCUCUAUGAAUACAUUGGGAAUGAAUUGGCCACAAAAGAAAGAUUAUACCGCCUUGUCUAUGCAAAAGAAGUCAUGAAGAAGCUAGCAAGAGCAUACUUUCAGGAAGCCAAAUGGUUCCAUACCAACUACAUACCAACACUAGAGGAGUACAUGUCCCUUCAACUAAUAACGACUGGAUAUGGAAUGUUAGCGACUACAUCACUUGUGGGAAUGGGCGAUGUGGUCACUAAACAUGCUCUUGAAUGGUCGACUGGUGAUUGCAAGAUUGUGAAGGCUGCACAAACCAUCUCUAGGCUCAUGGAUGACAUUGCCUCUCACCGCUUUGAGCAAAAGAGGGGGCACGUAGUAUCUGCAAAGGAGUUGCUCAUGAAAUACCACGGCGUCUCGAAGCAAGAAGCUGGGGAGGAACUCCAGAAAGGAGUCAUUGAUUCAUGGAAGGACAUCAAUGAAGAGUUUCUUUGUCCAACCGCAGUCCCAAUGCCAAUUCUCACACGAAUGCUCAAUUUCUCACGAGUGAUGGAUGUGUUAUAUAGUGAUGGAGAUAAUUACACCCAUUCCGAAACAAAGCUCAAAGAUUAUGUGACGUUGCUCUUCGUUAGUCCCUUGCUGAUGUGA